AUGGAUCCGAACCUGCGCACCCUGUCGCUGGCCGCCUGGAUGUCACUGCCCGGCUUACCGUUCGCGGACUGGGAAUCGCGCCAUCCACCGGUGGCAGCGGCUGACGGUGACGAACCCGUAACGUCCGAACCGGUGCCGUCGGUUUGCGCCCGCUGCAACAGCGAGCAGACGAAGCGUGCCAAACGCACCGGACAGAAAGUGGCCUUAAGCAGCAGCAGCAAGUGUAGCAAAUGUCAUCGCAGCGGCAAGGACGGUAACAACAACACGAGCGGGGCAGGAAAUAAUGGCAUGACGGGGCAGCAGCAGCACGGUGACGGUGGGAGCGUGGUGGCAAUGCUGGACGAGCGCACCGGCAAGGUGAACGUCCGGCUGCUUUGCCCCCCGCGCCGCAACCUUUCGCUCAAGCGGCAGGUGUCGAAGGAGGUGGAAACGCGCGCACUGAUUUCGCGCGUCGCCCAGUACUACGCGAGCUACGUCGCGGAGAUGGGGCUGGAGCGGUACUUCAUGAACGAAACGAUCGUGACGACGGUGCUGCCGCUGGACGGGAAGUGCGAGACGGUGCUGCCGGAGCGUUUCCGCAACGGCCGGUGGAUCGUAGCGGGAUUCAACCGAAUGACGAACAAACGGUUCGCGAUCGUGUGCCAAAACCUCGUCCUGGCAAACGGUGCCUCCGAUCUGGCGAACCGGCUCGGCGUGAAGGGCGAGGGGCUGGAGAUGCCGUGGGUGAAGUACGAGCUGCCCCAUCUCGAGCGGGCGCUGGAGCAGUACGACGAGCCGGGCCGCUCCCAGCUCAAGCCGGUGCUGAUCGUGGGGGCGGGACUGAGUGCGGCCGACGCCGUCACGAUCUGCCGCUCGUCCGGCAUCCCGGUGGUGCACGUGUACCGCAACCGGACGGCCGGGCUGGACAAGAUGCUGCCGGGCAACGUGUACCCGGAGUACCACGAGGUGCACAAGAUGAUGAAGGACGCGAACCGCAAGCACGACCUGUACACCCCGUUGCCCGAGCACACGCUAGUGGAUCUGGCGGGGGCCGGCCGCGUCACCGUCCAGCACCUGAAGACGGGCGAGCGGCGCGUGCUGGACGUGUCGUACUGUGCGAUACUGAUCGGGUCCCGGCCCGACCUUCGCUUCAUCGCCACGCUGACGAAGCCGGCGGCGGGCGGGGACGGCAACGCCUGCCCCGACUCGGAAACGGAGGACGACUUCGGGCGACCCCCGGUCCAGCCGCUCACGAUGUGGACGUUUACCGAGCAGCUGCUGACCUCCUGCCUCGGCCGGAAGCUGUACUGGCUGAAGCACAUGUGUGCCAAAUGCAAACACAUCAACCUCACCGAUAAACCGCGCCACCAACAUCACAAGCAGCAGCAGCAGCAGCACUACAACGCACCGGCGCUCAGUGCGGGCGGCGGUCACUGCCAGCAUCAGCUGGGGGCGUCCAAUCUAAGCGCCGCCUCGGGGCUGGGCCUCGGCGAAGAUCCGACCAAACCGAUCGACUGCAAAAACAAUCCAAUCGAGGUGGAUAAGUACACGAACGCGGUACUGCGCACGGCCCAUCCCGGCCUGUACGCGAUGGGACCGCUGGUGGGCGACAACUUUGUGCGCUUCAUACCCGGCGGUGCGCUCUGCAUUACCGCCGCCCUGCACAAGCACACGGAAAACGAUUGAUGGGCGCGGGGCAUCUGCUAGAACCGACCCCGACGACUGGACGUGGGUUUCAUUCAAUUUGUGUGUGUGUUUUUUUGGCUCCCGCUGAUCGAAUCGGGCCCCUCGCGAGUGGGUUUUUCGAUCGUUAUGGGUAUGUGUUCGCUCCCGCAACGUGUCUGCAAUGCGUGGCGAAAUGCGUCCAUUGUUGUCGUGGGAGAUGAACGCGGAUCCUGCGCAAAAACGAAGAAGAAGACAAUGCUGACCGAUAAAUUGUAUUAUUAGCAUCAUUAUAUCGGCACCAGCGUCACCUUCUGCCGCACGGCAAUGAGGGUUUUCGUUGGACGAAUAACGACCCGACUGGUUACGAUGGGUGAGGGAGCGUUAAACACGUUGAUUGAUGAUUGGGACGGCGUGGAUGAUCAGUUCACCGAAUACGUCAAUUGAAGCUGCCGCUGUUAGUAGCUUAUCGUGUGUGUAUAUAUACAUUUUUUAAAUCUAACCGACCGAAGUUCUAAUCGCGCGUAAUGCUAAUACUCAUGUUUAACGGAGCGGUUCUGUUGCACCGUCGUACAGGACGGCAGCAAGUGUAGUUCAAUUUGUUUGUAUCAAUCAAAGGAAGAUUGUUGCUCGUUUCGGGUGCAGCAAAACCGACUAGGGGAAGAGGCAGUCGAAGAGAUUAGUUUUCACGUAGAUAAAUUGUUUAUAUUAUUUUAAACUUGACUUCCCCCCCAAUGUCCUUCAAUCCAUACCUAGAUGCACUUGGUUUUCGCACCCGGGAAGAGGGAAAAACCCCGCACAACAAAUCCACCUUGCUUGCCCCAAAAACAUUCCCAGCGCGCAAUCUACGCCCCACAAAUACUCUACUACGGAUAGCACUAAGCUUCCGGGCUCCGGACGAGAAACGGCGAAACUGUUAGAGCCGACCGAAGGGCCGACCAAUAUCUGCCUUGCGCGGUGUUCCGCUUUAAUGGUAGCUUCGGUCUAGAGUUUUUCUUUGCCUCUUUCAAAGCUUCACUUCGGUUUGGAGUACACUUAUUGCCCGUCUGUGAUUUAGUUUCGGCUUUACUUAUGUAGAGCAUUUUACGUUAGAGAUAAUUUAUUUUUCAGGAAGCAAUCCACGCUUGCACACACUACACAUCGACCCGGUCUAGUGAGACAGGAUCGGUGGUACACGCGAUCGAAAUGCUUUUGUUUUACAUUCAACACGGUUGAGUGUAGUGCGGUGGGCCUCCUUAUUUCGUCCGUAGUGUCCUACUGCCAUCGAUGUAAAACCCCAUUUUGAAGCAAGCGAACACUAGCGCGGAACCUAAACCUGCCUUGGCCGCUUGGUACGAGUCCCAUCCAACCAUCCGAUUCCAGUUGCUAGAGACGACUCUCAUCAUACUUUCCUGUUGAUUUGACAGAAACACAAGGACAGGCAGUUAGAUUAAGGAUGCGGGUUGUAAGCAUAUACCCGGUUCUAUAUACAUACAUUUACUUCCUGCUACCGUGCAGGCGACGUACCUCGGUAGUGUAGGAAACGGACCCAACCUGUAAUUACCAACGUGUGUAACAUUUUGUGCAGAUGUGGAUGUAUGCAAAUGUUGGAAAUAAUGUGUAAGAAAAUUCAAACAAACCAA